GAUUUAUAAAGGCCUCUUCUGAAUUCAGUUCUUCCACGUCUAAAAAAGAGUCAUGAAGACCUCAAAGCAUUUGUUGAUCUCCUUCGUAUUUGCAUUUUUCCAAAUAGGGUUAUCUCUUGGCAAUAAUAUGGAGGAAUGCUGCGCACACGAAAUGUGCAGGACGGCAAAUGGUAUUGCCCGUACCGCUUACUGUUUUAAGCUCUCAUCUCAAAAGGAUAUUGACAUUUACAUGGAAUUGUUUCAACAUGUUUAUCCCAAUGCAACCACCAUUGAAGAUGUGAUUGUAAGCAUAUGCAAAGAUAUAAAGAAAGGAAAAGAAGCUUUUUACUACUACUAUUACGAAAAGGAGAAAAUGAAUGUAAGUACAAGAUUGUUUAUACACCUGAAGAAUCCAUGAAAAUCGUGGAUUGCAGGGCAUGUUUGACGCUCAUGAUAACAGAAUGUCAGUUAAAAAAGGCAAUGGGAUUUUUUUCGUUUAAGGGAUGAAGAUGUCAAGCAAAAAACAACUAGUACUUUGAAUAGUUUUAUGAAUAAAAUAA